CUUCCGUGGUGAUCUCGCAAACGAGGAAGUGUGGAGACCAUACACUAGAGAUUUAUGUUUAUUAAGAAGAUAUGUUUAUGUUCCUGAUUAAUAAAGAUUUGUUACGUUGUAGACUAUUCUAUUUUCAUAAAACUAUGCGCGCACACAACUAUUUUGGUCAGGUUAAACAUUACAACCAAGUGUUGCUCUGUUUGACGACGCAGUGACAUAGUACAACUCACCAAACAACUUGAAAGGUUAUGAAGACAUUCAAGUUCCCAGCUCGACACGGCUAUGCAGUGGAGAUAUCACCGUUUAUUCCAACACGGUUGGCGUGUGCGACAUCCCAGUAUUAUGGAAUUGCAGGAUGUGGGACACUGCUUGUGCUGGAGCAGACCGAGACCGGGAUCUCUCUUGUGAAAAGUUUUGACUGGAAUGAUGGUCUGUUUGACGUGACGUGGAGUGAAAGUAAUGAGCAUAUCCUGUUGACGGGAGGAGGAGACGGGUCUCUGCAGGUCUGGGACACAGCCAACCCCCAGCCCGGGCCACUGCAGGUGCUCAAAGAGCACACACAAGAGGUCUAUUCUGUGGACUGGAGUCAGACCCGGGAGGAGAACCUGGUGGUGUCAGGCUCAUGGGACCGCACAGCCAAAGUGUGGGAUCUCAGCCGUGGCGGCCAGUCGCUCUGCACCCUUCAGGGUCAUGAAGGGGUCAUCUACAGCACACUGUGGUCUCCUCACAUCCCAGGGUGCUUUGCUUCAGCAUCAGGGGACGGGACGCUGAGAGUGUGGGAUGUGAAGACAGGGAGGUGCAGGCUGGCCAUCCCAGCCCACAAGGCAGAGAUCCUCAGCUGUGACUGGUGCAAAUACGAUCAGAAUGUGAUAGUAACCGGAGCAGUGGACUGUAGCCUGUGUGUGUGGGACUUACGGAAUGUCCGGCAGCCUCUGUCACGCCUACUAGGCCAUUCUUACGCCAUUCGAAGAGUAAAGUUCUCUCCAUUCAACCAGACCGUGUUGGCCUCGUGUUCCUAUGACUUCACAGUCAGGCUCUGGGACUACUCCAGGACCGAGCAGCCACUGCUGGAGACGCUGGAGCACCACUCAGAGUUCGUCUGUGGCCUGGACUUCAAUCUGCAAAUCCCCAACCAGGUGGUGGACUGCUCCUGGGAUGAGACGGUAAAAAUCUACACACCUCUAUGCCUGGCUGACCCUCCGCCUAGCGCACGGUAGAGAGCUCAUAAUUGCCCUGCCGCAAGGAACAGGAGAGAGGACUUUUAGUUUUCAAUCAUGGCCGUGGCGUUUGCCAAAGCUUCACUGCGGCUUUCAUAAUGAUUCUAAAAGGGGGGCUGUGGGAACGCGUCAUCCUAGCCCGCACACACAACAGAGUCUGAAUACAGAUGGGAAAGCAGGGAUUCCUCCCCGUCUGUCCAUCAGAGAGAGAGAGAGAGAGAGAGAGAGAGAGAUGGGGAUCUGAAGGUUGCUCAACUUAAACACGUGCCAACAAAAUGCCUGAUGAUCUGCUGUUUGUCCUUAUUGUUGGUAGAAUGCUUGUCCUUAUUGUUGGUAGAAUGUAUGGUCAUAUUGGUGUAUUUAGUGACAGUGUACUGAUUUAGUGAGGGGUUGAAAUGCAUUUGAUUAUUUACUUAAUUUUUCUGGGUCCUCUACCAAAGAGGAACAAACCUGGCCAUAUAGCUCAACACACAGGCUUGAACUCUAUCCAUGAUCCUGUAAGACUUUCCAUUGCAUUAAAAUGUUCAUUCUACAAAUAUGAAAGUAAAUGUCAUGAAUCUGACAGAAUGUUCUCUCUGCCCUGGUGGGAGAGGUGAGGGGAGAGAGCCCUAAUUUAGCCCUCAGCAAUCCCAGCUUUAUGCUGCUUUAUGCAUAUGAGUUGGGCUGCCGAUUGGUGCAGCGUUCUAAGGCACUGCAUCUCAGUGCUAGAGGCGUCACUACAGAACCUGGUUCGAUUCCAGGCUGUAUCAUAACUGGCCGUGAUUGGGAGACCAAUUGGGCGGCGCACAGCGUCGUUAGAGUUUGGCCGACAUUGUAAAUAAUAAUUUGUUCUUAACUGACUUACCUAGUUCAAUAAAGGUUCAAUAAAAUACAAAAUAAAAGCUGUUGAGGCCUGAACCAAAUGUUCUCUGGAGACCGUUUUUUGUUUUUUUUCUGUGUGAGUACAUUUCAUAAUAAAAGUGACUGCACACA